AUGACUGAAGUUGACAGACCGCCAGGAAUUCUUGCCAGUGCUCUUUGGGACCUCCAAAAAGAUGCUAAAGCACAAAUUCCCAUUAUGCGAAAAAGAGCACAUUCUCUAAAUGGGCGAAAAGGAAUAUUGGCCUCUGGCCUUAAAGAAUUGCGAGAAACUCUAGCACAAUUAGAACAAGACAGAGCAGAAGAAAGUACCCGAAUUGGUAUUUUGGGCACAGCACUUGAGGAGUUGAAAGGUGUUCCAUAUAAAAGCCCUGUAGUUGAUGCAAUUAUACGACCAAAAUCGGCAAGUGAUAUGGGUUAUAAAGGAAUGCUUGAGCGACUUUUAGAAACAAAAGAUGAAGUAGAAUAUGAAAGUCUUGGCUUGAGGGAACUAAUCGAUGGCGACAAAAGGAAAGGGUCCUUCGGCGAGGAUGACAGCAAAAGGCCCAGAAUAGCUUUUGUACCGAAGCGAAAAUCGAGGGACUCGACAAGCAGUGGAGAAGGAAAGGAGAAGCCUUUGGAGGGCUCAGCAACCCCAGAAAAAUCCUCAUCCUCAUCGGAUACAAAGACCACGGCUAAAGAGUCCAAAGAGGACGAUCAGAAAGGGAAAGUGGAGAAGGAGGAGAAUAAGGAGAAGGAGAAAGAUAAGGAGAAGGAGAAAGAUAAGGAGAAGGAGAAAGACAAGGUCAAGGAUAAAGAUAAGGAUAAGGAAAAAGAUAAAGAUAAAGACAAGAAAGGAUUCAAAAGCAAACUUCCUCAUAAAGAACGCAAAAAAGAGAAAAAAGAAGAAGAUGAUGACGGGAAACGUGUGCUGGAUAUAAAGAAAGCGCAAGUCGAUUUGACACUGGCCGAUACGCAAACAAGGGUGCUUUACUUGGCAAAGAAGGAUCAAUGGGAUUUGGUUGAAAAAGAGCUUGACAUAGUUCCGAACAAAACCGAGUUGUCACUAUGCGACAAGAAAGGGUACACGGCUCUCUUGCUUGCGGUCAAAGAUGGAAAACGAAUGUUCUUUGAAAAAUUGCUACAAAAAGGAGCUGAUAUCAAUGCGGUCACGAAUGAAGGAUAUAAUGCUGCACAUGUCUGCGCCAUGUAUUCCGAUGAAAGAAUGUUGAAUGCGAUCAUCGCUAAAAGCAGCGAUUUAUUACGAAAGCCAGGAGGGCCUCAUGAACAACUUCCGAUACACUUGGCCUGUCUACGAACUGGUUCGGAGGGUCCUGCUAUUGUGAAACGGAUUUUGGAGGUUUUCCCCAAACAACGACUUGCUCGUGAUGGUAAUGACGCAAUGCCGGUACAUCUCGCCAUGAAGACGGGAAACGUCUCACUCGUUGAAUUUCUCUUAUCCACCUCCACACAUGAACAAGCCACUGCGAUAGAUAGAGCCGGAGAUUCGUUGCUUCAUCUUGCUUGUCGUAGUGGCAACAUGGCUGCUGUACAAACGGCGAUCGCAGCUGGAUGCAAUGAUCCGAAUAUGCAGAAUGCGAUUGGACGAACAGCUUUGCACGAAGUCGCAUACUUAGGCGAUCAACAUCUCAUGAAGAUCAUGUUCAAACUACAUGCUAAUGCCAAUAUUCAUGACAAGGAUGAUAAAACCCCACUCCAUGUGGCUACAGAACGCGGAUUUACGGACGUCGUCGAGCAGUUGAUAGACAAAUUUAAUGCUUCGAUCGCUGCGCGAACCCGAGAUGGAUCAACACUUCUACAUCUAGCAGCCACUACUGGACAUACGGGCACGGCGCUAGCAUUUCUGAAAAGAGGUGUUCCUCUUUACAUGCCAAACAAAAAAGGCGCCUUGGGACUGCACUCAGCUGCAGCAGCUGGCUACAACGACGUUGUGAAGAUGCUUAUUGCACGUGGAACAAACGUCGAUAUACGGACAAAAGACAAUUACACAGCACUCCAUGUAGCAGUGCAGUCAGGGAAAGCCUCUGUGGUGGAAACAUUGUUGGGUGCUGGAGCCGAUAUACAUGUGAAAGGAGGAGAACUCGGGCAAACUGCGUUACAUAUAGCGGCUUCAUUAGAUGGGCCAGAAUCUCGAGAAUGUGCCAUGAUGUUGCUAAAAUCUGGAGGUCAACCGGAUGUUGCACAAGAAGAUGGAGAGACUUGCCUUCACAUUGCUGCCCGAAAUGGCAACAAGGACAUUAUCAAAUUGCUUCUGAAUGAUGACGCCAAUUUGAAACUGGUUUCGAAAGCUGGUGAGACUCCGCUGCACGUGGCUGCCAAGUCCUGUAAUUACGAAGCUGCACAGUUGAUUAUCUCCCAUAUGGCACAAAGCUGUUCACCAGACGAGAUUCGAGAAUAUGUGAACCAAAGAACGAAUGAUGGUUUUACGGCUGUUCAUUAUGCUGCUCAGAUAACCUCGGAUAAAGUCCAUUACUCCGGAGAAGAUGCAAAACUCAUGAAUCUGCUUGUCGACUCUGGAGGACAAGUGGAUUUGCAAUCCAUUACUACCGAUGAAACAGCAAUGCAUAUGGCAGCGCGAUCUGGUAAUCAAGCUGUCCUACUAGCCAUGGUAAACAAGAUUGGAGCUGGAACGGUGCAGAUUGUGCAGAAUCGGCAGAGCAAGAAUGGGUGGUCACCGUUACUGGAAGCAUGUGCACGAGGACACACCAGUAUUGCGCAAACCCUUUUGCAACAUCAUGCACGAAUCGACGUUUUCGACGAUCAGGGUCGAACAGCGCUCCAUCUGGCUGCGAUGAAUGGUCAUCUAGGUCUAGUGCAUCUGCUUCUGCAGCACAAGGCGUUCGUGAACAGCAAAUCCAAAACUGGUGAGGCUCCACUUCAUCUCGCUGCUCAAAAUGGCCAUAACAGAGUUGUGACUGUGUUGGUACAGGAUCACGGAGCUGCCUUGGAAGCAAUCACCUUGGAAAAUCAGACAGCUUUGCACUUUGCUGCCAGAAACGGGCAGUUGCUUGUUAGUCAAACACUUCUUGCCCUUGGUGCCAACCCUAAUGCUCGAGAUGACAAAGGUCAAACACCUUUACAUCUCGCUGCUGAGAAUGAUUACCCAGACGUCGUGAAGUUAUUCUUGAAAAUGAAACAGAACAAUCGUGCUGUGUUAACCGCCAUCGACCACAAUGGUUUCACUUGUGCACAUAUUGCUGCAAUGAAGGGUUCGCUCGCUGUAGUGAAGGAACUAAUGAUGAUCGAUAAGGCUAUGGUCAUUCAAGCCAAGACAAAAACAAUGGAGGCAACCACGCUGCAUAUGGCUGCAGCUGGGGGUCAUGCAAAUAUCGUGCAAAUUCUUCUUGAAAAUGGAGCAAGUGCGGAGGAUGAGAAUGCUCAUGGUAUGACAGCCCUUCAUUUGGGUGCAAAGAAUGGGUUCGUUCCGAUUCUACAAGCUUUCGACAAAUCGCUGUGGAAAAAAUGUUCGAAGAAGGCAUGA